GAGUUCUCCUCAACCUUCAAAUCUCGGUAAAACCUCCCUGCAACUUGCACGAACUCUCACCUGGACGUAAACCGCGCGUACGCGGAAGCCUGAGACUCCAACAUUCCCAGCCUGAUAUGUGGUCAACCGCGCGUGAUAUUGCCGCCGGAGAUCUGGUUAUCGUAUGGCUUACGAGAGAGCUCCUCCAACCGCUCGUGAUCACUCCAGGAAAAGAGUUCAACAGCAAGUUCGGUGUCUACCGCCACUCUGACCUCGUCGGCGUGCCCUAUGGAUCCAAGAUAGGUUCUCGCAACGGCAAGGGCUUCAUACACGUCCUCCGCCCGACGCCGGAGCUCUGGACGCUCGCCCUGCCGCACCGUACGCAAAUCCUCUACCUCGCUGACAUUGCCUUUGUCUGCUCAUGGCUCAAUAUCAAGCCCGGCAGCCGUGUCAUCGAGGCUGGCACGGGCUCUGGUUCCUUCUCUCACUCCGUCGCUCGGACAAUAGGUCCCACAGGGCACCUGUGGUCAUAUGAGUUUCACGAGGCCCGCGCCAACAAAGCGAGAGAGGAGUUCACACGGCAUGGAAUGGAUGACAUCGUCACCCUGACACACCGCAACGUCUGCAAGGACGGCUUCACCGUCACAGACACCGUCGACGCAGUCUUCCUAGAUCUUCCCGCCCCAUGGGAAGCGGUAGAUCACGCCAAGAAAGCAUUACGAAAAGACCGGAUAGCGCGCAUAUGCUGCUUCAGCCCGUGCAUGGAACAAGUCCUGCGCACCGUCAACGCGCUGAACGAUGCAGGCUUCACUGACAUCACCAUGUAUGAAACGCUCUCGCGCCCGCAUCAGGUUGACUCCGUCCCUCCGCCACUCCCAAUCAGCGCCAUCAGCGCGAAACUCAAAAAAACCGAGCAGCGCCGGGAGGAUAAACGCCUUCGGCAGAUCGCCCAAUCACGCGCUGCCGCCGCGAACAAGCGCAAGCGCGCCGAUGAUGCUGAGCACGACUCCGAUGCCGACCCCGUCGGGGGCAAGAGACCGAAGAUGGAUGACGAGGAGCAGGCGCCGACCCCGUCGGAGAACACGCUGGUGGUGUCGGAGGAGGAGCUGCAGUUGGCUGAGUCGUCGCUCGAUGCUGCUGAGCCGCUGCCAUUGACCAAAAUGAGCCUGUCGAAGGCAUUCCCUGAAGUCCGAGGACACACGUCCUACCUCACCUUCGCGUGUCUGCUGCCAAUGCCACAGGGGGCACCGACCGGCGAGACUCCUGCGGAUACGACGGAAGAAACGAGCGCCGUUGAUGUAAAUAUGCCAGCAGAGGAUACACAUAGUAGCGAUACAGCGGUCAUCUCUUGA